AUGUCUGCCCCGGAAACCGCUACCAAAUUUUCCCCCACUCAAUCUUCCUCUGUCCUCGGUGGACAAAUCGUCGGUCGCACUCCGCGUGAGGCUGCACCACCCGCAGCCCUGAAGCUCCGUCUUGACCUUAACCUCGAGGUUGAGAUUGCCAUCCAGGCCAAGGUCAACGGUGACAUUACCUUGUCGCUCCUGGAGAUUGGUCAUAAAUUGUCAGGUUAG